AUGCUUGCUGGCGAUUUUCAACGAUAUGUUUGGGUACAGGGAGAACGGAAGCGACAAAAAAAUCGAGAAAAGUAUGACGAGACUAGAAAGCGAUACUUGGAUCAUGAUGUGGUAGACGCCGAGCCAACAAAAAAACCGAAAGUCGUUUGGCCUGGAGAAUUUGAAAACCAAUUAAGGAAGCGAAACCGAAAUCUGGAGAAAAUUGAUGAAAGAGAGAAUAAUAGACUUGAAACACCAGCAAUACAUACUCCUUCGGACACUCAAAGCCUGAUUUCUAAUGAAGAGGAUGCACACUCAACUUCUGAUUUGAAACCAGAGACACCGCCAGAUGACAAAGUACAUAAAGUGGAAAAGAAAGAGCCACCUCCAAAGAAAUCAUCAAACAUUACUCCCAUAUCCAUUAGUGACACUCAUUUUAUGGAUGAGUUUCUAGAGCCGCCUAAAAAGUUGAAUCCGACUUCUUCAGGGGGUUCUUUUUUCUUAGUUUCUAGCAAUCUGGUUGUUGAAUAA